CAGGCCUCCCCGCCGGCACGCUCCUUCCAGCUGGAUUACGAGAAGGACUGCUUCCUCAAGGAUGGUGCCCCUUUCCGCUACGUGUCGGGCAGCAUCCACUACGCCCGCGUCCCGCGCCCUGCCUGGAGGGACCGGCUCCUCAAGAUGCACAUGAGCGGGCUCAGCGCCGUGCAGGUCUAUGUCCCCUGGAACUACCACGAGCCGCUGCCGGGGGUUUAUGACUUUGCUGGGGACCGGGACGUGGAAGCCUUCCUGGACCUGACAGCUGAGCUGGGGCUUCUGGUCAUCCUGCGGCCGGGGCCCUACAUCUGUGCGGAGUGGGAGAUGGUGAGAGCCCCCCAGCCUGGCCCAGAGGGGUGAUGGGCAGCCCGGGAACAGCACACUGAGCUCCCCUCUGUCCCCCCAGCCUACCUGGCAGCUGUGGACUCCUGGCUCCAUGUCCUGCUACCCAAAAUCAAGCCACGCCUGUACCAGCAUGGGGGAAACAUCAUCAGUGUGCAGGUGGAGAACGAGUAUGGGAGCUACUAUGCCUGCGACUAUGGGUACCUGCGGCACCUGCUGGGCUCCUUUCGGGCGCUGCUGGGGAGCGAGGUGCUGCUCUUCACCACCGAUGGCACGCGGGCAGAGGAGCUGCGCUGCGGCACGCUGCAGGGGCUCUACGCCACCAUCGACUUUGGGCCAG